ACCAAUGAAUGGAAAAAUGUCAAAGCAAAAAUCCAAAUCUGCUACAACACGCGGGUUUUGCGGCCAAAAUUCUACCGUGGCGAUUUCCUACCGCUAAACUUACCUGGAACCAGAGUGUUCCGGAACGCCUCAGGUAUGGAUAUCUUUACAAUAGACACGGUCGGUUCAACUGCCGCAAGUGUUAGUUCCAGCAAGCCACUUGUCCAGGUACAUUCGAGCUACAGAAGUGUUUUCAGUGGCCAAAGUGCAGCAUCGAGCCCAGCCAAAAUCGACUUGGAGCAAAAAAACCAGGACUCGGAAGAUGAAAGCGAUGAUGAUUAUGGAGGAUUGCCUCCCCCAAGCAAGGAUAUUUUUGAAAUUCUUAACACCAACUUGCUGGGUGAAUCUUCGUCAAGACCCACAUCAACAUACUUGAACCACCACACGAGGCCAGCCAGCUCAAGUCAAACAACUGUCGGGGUAGCCGAACUUGCUAGUACCAAUGUCGAUGGUCACAUGAAAAUGGCUGUGAUAACACCGGCUACGGAAAAACAGAAAGACCUAGCCAAACUGUCGAUGACUGAUCGACAAAUUCAGGAGCUGAACAGAAAAGAACGUGCCAAAAGUAAGGGUAAAAAUUGGUUCGAUCUUCCAGCACCAGAAAUGACCGAUGAGGUCAAAAAUGAACUCGAGCUUCUGCGAAUGCGUUCCGUGCUAGAUCCCAAACAUUUCUACAAACGUAGUGAGAUGAAAACACUACCAAAAUAUUUCCAGAUCGGCAAAGUCAUGGACUCCCCGCUUGACUAUUACAAUGAAAGAGGUUCGAAGAAAGCUAAUUCGAAAACAUUGGUCGAUGAACUGCUAGAAGAUGCAGCUUUCCAGAAAUACAACAAAAGGAAAUAUGCCGAAGUUCUAGAGAAACGGAAAAAGAAGGCGUACUAUAAAGCUAGUAUGAAAAUGAAAAAAUUAAAGAAGAAAAAGAAAUAAAUAAUGCAAUACUUACUCAA